AUGUGCACUGGAGAUGUCGAACACCUCUUGCAUUUGUUCUUUGAUUGCGACUUCGCCAAAGCAUGUUGGCAGAAUGUGGGAUUGAACUUUGAUAUGUGGUCAGUAGAAAAUGCAGCUGAGUGGUUACUUGAGAAGUUGAGCACUGAAUCCAGUGAGGUUUUGACAAAGAUUGCAACAGUCUUAUGGGGAGUCUGGUUUGCGAGAAACAAAAAGAUAUUUGAAGAAAGAACCAUGACACCAGCUAUUAUCAUGGAGUGGAGCAGAAAACAGGUCCAAGAGUGGAAAGAAGCAAACAAGAAAAACCAUACAACUUCAGGACACAACUCAUCUGGUUCACAGCAGGAAAGCAGAUGGACACCUCCCAGUCUGGGUUCAUUCAAGGUAAAUGUCGAUGUUGUAGUAAAGGAAGGCCAAGACUCUUUUGCAGUUGGUAUGGCUCUCAGAAAUAGUCAUGGCCAAUUCUUAGCAGGGAGAGUAAUGCGAUUUGCAGGCAGCACACAUGUAGUGGAGGCAGAAAUGGUAGGUAUUGUGGAGGCUCUCAUGGAUAAACCAACUUCCAGUGACAACAGUAACCAUUGA